AUGGCCGACGUCGAAAAACUUAUGCACGAAGCCAUAGAUGCAGUCACUAAAGAAAAUUGGAAAAAAUGUGUAAAACACUCAGAAAAACUUCAAAAUAUAGAUUUCAAAAAAGGUUUCAGAGAUUGCAUAUUGGAGACCAUCAUUUUAACCAUUGACCCCAAUGAAAGCGAUUGUAGCAGCAAUGAAAACGAAGACUACUUUUGA